UAAGUGCAGUUUGCUAACCUACCGCCAGAGGACGUCCUCGCGAGGUUAGCAGAAAGGGGUCAAAAAAGGUCAGCAGUCAGGAUGGCGGGGAAUGUGUGGCUUCAGUUUCAUAGAUUAUUUUUGUCUUGAUAAAUCCCUUCAUGUCGUUUCUUAGUCCCUGGAAGCUCAGUAUCUACAUAAGAGACGUUGACAUUACAACCUCAGCCAGCAGAGGUUCAUUUUGAAGAUGUCUGGAAUGCAGGGCAUGCCGGGGUCCUGCCUGUGGUGCACCUGCCCAGAGCGUAUGCAGCAGCUGCUCCCGGACAGCUUGUCGUCCCCGCGGCCGGCGUGGCUGGACACGGUACACCAGGACCUGCUGUACUGCUGGGACUGUGUGCUGGAGUAUCAUCAUGGCAGGGAGGAGGUCAGGAGGGCAAGGCCAGAGCUAGCAAAGGUCUUGACACAGAAGGAAGUGGCAAGACUGGAAGAAACUUUCAUUCUCAGCUUGGAUCAUGAUGACAAUAUGGAUGAUGCUGUUUCCAUGGAAACACUACAUCUACCCCUGUUGGAAGUGCUGAAGUUCCCUUACCUCCUGUUGCAUGAGAAGUUGGCUGCCCUGGUAGAACGUGCUAUCCAGGCCUUGUCCAGGUCCGGCCGGCCCCUGAUUCUGGAGGAGAAGUCAGCAGGGAUCUAUCUGCUGCUGGUACAUCCCAACAGACAGAUAAGAAAAUGGGCUAUCAAGUCAGUGCGCUCCCUGGGCAUGGUCCACCCGCAUCAGUACGAGGAGAUCGAGCCUGUGGUUGGCUGGCUGCUGUCAGUGGUGAACUUUGACCUGUUUGAGAACCCUGGGAUAGCUCUGGAUGUGGAUGACCCCCCCUGCGGGAUGGAGGACUCUGUGGUCCUGCCUCCAUUCCUGUUUGACACCUGUGGCUACAAGGACUACUGGCUAGGCAUCUGCCUCCUGCUGUCCUCCCUGGACCCCUCCACCAUGAGGACCCAGAUGUUUGGGGCCAGGGGACACAGGCACAUCCCUGAUGCAGUCCUGAAUGCCAUGGAGCCACAGCAGGGUAUGAAGGCAGGUGGUUUCUGGCCGGCGCUGCAGUGCCUGGUUGUGCUGUUUGACCGGCUGGGUUCACGGAUCUGGCAGUUCCUGUCACAUGACCCAGCAACAGUCUUCUCAACCAUCACCAAGAACCCACUGUUCCAGACAGAACUUCUCAGGCUGGAAACAUGCCAGGGGAGGAAGAGCAGUGGUGCCAUGGUUUCUUCAACAUCCAAACAAACUCCAACUAAAAGCCAGCCCAGCCAGUUGCCUGCUUCCCCUUCCCUUUUCUUGGAAAGAUAUUCAGUGAAACAGGAGUGUGAUAGCAGCUGCCAAUCAUCAACGAGCUUUCAUAAGCAAGAGCCAAUCAGAGAUAUUGGUACAGGAGAAGAUGACUGGAGCAGUAGUCAACCAAUCACAGACAGUCAAGCUGUGUAUGAGGCUGCUGAUUGGUCCCUGCAUCAGACCAAUGAAGCCAUUGCUCUCAGAAUACCUGAGGAUGACUUUCCAGAGACCAAACUUUACUCCAACAUUCCUGAUGUUUUGACAGACCAAACAAGGGCAACAAAUGUGCAUACUUGUGCCUUUACCUGGUUUAUCCCAUAUGUAAGCUCACUUAUUGAGUUUGGUGAAAUAGCAGGAGAGCACAUAUCAGCGUCAGUAAUGUUCCUUGCUGAGCAGGCAGACCAUACUGAGCAUGGGACUCCCUCACAUCAGUGUAAACUGGUAGAGCAGUGCCUUAUGGUAUUGUUGCAUCUUCUUGAACUGUUGGUGUCCAAAGACAUGCACAGACUGUUGUUGCCUACUUGUAGGAUCUGGGUUUCACUUGCCUUGAAACACUGUACCGGUCAGAAGGUGUCAAACAAGACAAUGUGGUCAUUGGCUAAACACGGCACACAUGGAGUCAACCAAACAUGCCUCAAGCUGCUAGUGAACCUUUUGAAGCAGGGAGUGAAGCUCCGGCAGGAUGACAGAUGUGUGCAGUUUCUGGACAAGCUGAACUUGCAGUUGCUUAGAAAGAGAGGUCCUGAUGCAGGGGACCCGACUUCUGUACUACUGUCUGAGGUUGAUGUGCAGGAAAUGCAGAAGUGCAUGGAAGGGAUUCUGAAGGCAAAAGUAACAUCAAAUGAAUUUUCUGCCAUUGCAAGCACCAGCAAGCAGUCAGUGUCUACCAGGGGAUCAUUAGCAGUAGUUCUGUCUUCCCUACAGCAUGGCCAAUCAGAAGGCACGGAAGUUCUGCCCCAGCCAAUCAAAUGUGAGGAUGACAGUAUGACGUCUCCAUCUGCUGGUCCAUCCAGGGAAUCAUUUGCUUGUGAAGAUGACGAUGUGGACCUUCUUACUACCUCCAGUGACGACAUUGACUUGAGUGAAGCAAUAAAGUCUGUACAGAGAGAAUUGGAUAGUCUAAACCAACUUGAAGUACAGAAGGAAGAAGAUCACCCGUUUGAAGUAUCAUUGUCAGUUAAGGAAGAGCCGAUAGAUGCUCAUGAAGAGAGCAGUAAGAGAACUCCUGGAAUCAAGUCUGGAACUACAGGUAAACCCCAUCACACCAAAGCUGUUAUGGACUCAGAUAGCCUACUACUUGAAGAACUGACAAGCUUAUACAAUGAGAGUGUAGCUCAGAAAGGCUCUCAAGGAAUGUUGAAGGGAGUAUCUCUCACUCCGACUGCAACAAAAAAGUCCAAAGCUAGAACCAGCCCAGCUUUCAACACAGACACAGGAGUACAGAUUAAAACUGAACACCAGACUGGACCCUUUGAUGGGAGUUCCCAAGUGUCUUCAGGUUCAUCCAGACUGCAGGAAACAGAGCCCCCAAUUCAUACUGCACGUAAAUCUUUCCCAUCCUCCCUACCAGUUGUCAACAGAAAUUCCAGUAGAAUUUCCUCAACUAGGGUAGAUACCACCUCACCAGUGGAAAGUACCAAAAUUCGAACUGCAAGGAAAAGCAUCAUGCCUUAUAUCCAAGAUGGUGGAAGCAAGGAGCCUUUACCUUCCAGCAAGAGAAGUGCCAAAGAUAAGACUUCUGACCUACAAAAUGUUUGUGUCAAAUUAGAGAAAGAACCAGCUAAUGUUGGGUGGAACACAGUCAGGGAUAAGGUCUUUGAUCCCUCAGAUUCAGAAGAUUCUAUCAUUCUCAUCAGUGAUGAUGAUGAUGAUAAUGAUGAAGAUGAUGAUGUUAAAGAUGAUGAUGAUGAUGACAUAGAGGACCGAAUGACAAAGCCUGUAAAGAGAGAGCAAGAAGGUGUGCAUGGGAACAGAGUCAACCACCUUCAUUUGGACCUGACUAGCAGUAGCAUGCAGCCACAAGUCCUACUGAGGAAACUCUCACCUCGCACAAUUGAAGCACACACAUCUGGUAAUAAGAGGGUCCCACAACAUUGUACAAACUGGGAAGACUCCACAUCUGACAGUGACCAGGGUGAUUAUCCCAUGCCUAAGGGAAGGAUAGGGAGAAGGAAGAUGUUCAGUAGCAGCAGUGAUGAGUUGUCAGACAUUGACUCUGUCCCUCUAUCUACCCUUGCACAAAUGUCUUCCACAAAGGCAGACAGUGAUAUCAUCAGCAUCUCUGACUCAGAUGAGGAGCCUUCCUCACCAGACAGAGAACCCCAGGGAACAUCAGCCUCUAGAAAUACAAGUAAGGUUGGAGACAGAUGGAAGCAGAAGAUCCUGACUAAGAGGAGGAGAAAUGUGAUCCUGUGUGAUAGCAGUGAUGUGGAGGAGAAUGUGACAAAGCCCAGCCUGCAACAAGCUGUGAAGAUGGAAAAAGACCCACUUGCCAGUCCAGGGAUGCAGCGGAAGAUCAAGUCAAAAGUGAGCAGAUUAUUUGGUGACUCCAGCUCAGAAUCAGAGGGUGAGAAAGGUCACGAAUCAAUCAAGGAGCAGUGCAGAGACAUCCCUCCCUCUGGUACAACAAAUGUAACUAACCAGGAGAAGAGUAGAGAGACUGUGUCAUCAAAAUGCUCAAAUCAAGAAAUGGGACAAAGGCCAUUGUUCAAACCAGAAAAGACCACACCUGUGUCCUCUAGAAUCUUUAACAAACUGUCCCUGAAGUGUAGACAGAUAGCCAGCCAGCAUAGCACCCAGGAUAGCCAAGCCAGCUGGCAACCUGGUCAGUGUAAGAGCCAGCCAAGUGUAAGUCUUGAAAGAAGAACAACCACUAAGUCAGGCAGCACUGUUGACAAGUAUGGUGAUGAAGGCAGUAUUAAACACCAGACAGACAUAAUUGACAGGUUUGCCUUCCAUGCAUCAGACUCAGAGGACUCUACAGGGGUUACAGUGGGCUCUGGGAAAUCAGCAAUAUGGAGCAAAGUGCAGGAAUCCCCUCUUAAGAUAAGUACCUCUGUGGCAAGUAAAAUCAGGUGUCAGCUUUUGCAAAACCAGCACCGGUCAUCAGAUGAUAACCAGAGAAAAGAACAAACUGAUGAUGCCAACAAGGGAUCUCAUUCAUCAAAAGAACCAAAGGAGGGAGCAGAGUUAGAACUAACUGAUAUGGAGCUUCUUGCAGCAGCCGAUGAGAAGAACUCAGGAACAGAUUCCCAGGAGGAUACCCUGGCUGCUUUCCUUGCGGAUGACAAUGCUGAGGACCAUGCCUACCUGAUGGAGAGUAGUGAUCAGGCCUGGAUGGACAGCGAAUCAGAGAGGGAUGAAAGACAGAAGAGCUUCAAUACAAAGAAGUUUUACAAGUCUGGCAGAAAAGAUGUUGAGUCGACAUCACAAGACUCCUCCACUACCCUAAAGAGGAAAGAAAGUCACCUGGAUAAUAUAUCCUCUUCUGCUGUUGCUCCUGGGAGAAAAACAGCAGAAAAUAACACAAACAAGAAGAGGAAAAUAGGAGAUCAGGAAUGCGGUUCUACAAUUACAAGUAAAAGUAGACAUACAAGCCGAGAAGCAGCACAUCCUCUUGCUGAUACUUGGCACAGAGAAGAUGCCUUGGAAGCAACAAACAAUGUUGAGAAUGAUGACAACAUAGAUUAUGAUGAGCCUGUUUACUUUGACUUUGACCUUGACGAGGUUCCAGAGGAGGAACAGGAACAUUUCCUGGCAGAAAAGUUUGCCUCCUCACAGGAGACACCAAAGAAGACAACAGCACAUAAGAAGAAGAGUCAGCACGUACAGGCAUCAAAGAAACUUAUACAUGGAAAAGGAGGGAAAAGGGCAAAGACUGCAGCCAGGCUUCGUCUGACAUCUCGUAGCACCAUGCUGACAGAAACCAUGAUCCAGACCAGGCCACACAGCAAGGUGAACGCAGAUAGGGUGGGACCAGCUCGAACCAGUGCCAGCCAGUCAAGCUCACUUCAAACCAUUACCAAUCAGUCACGUGCUCUUGAAACCAGUGAUGGCCAAUCAGCUAGGAUCAGUACCAACCAGGCAGAACCAGCUCAAACUGGUAGUAACCAAUCAGAAGCUCCAGAAGCUGAACCUGAAAGUGCCUCAGACAAGACCGCAAUCACACAGGUCUCAGCCACUACACCAUUUGCCUCAUACCAGCAGAAACCAGCUGUAGUAAAGAAACCUGUAAUAAAGGAGCUGCCUGCCCCCAAAGUAGAUCCCAGCAAACCUAUUAACCCGGAUUACUUCUUAACCUGCAUCCUGCAGUGGAACCCACAGCAAAUGGAAGGAUCAAGCAGGAAAGAGUUACCCAUCCCUUGCCAUGACCUGCAGCCCAUACCUCAGAUGUUUGGCUCGUUUGACGACUACCUGAAAACAUUCACACCUCUCCUGUUGCUGGAGACAUGGGAAAUGAUUUGUAAAGAGUGGGAGAGUGCCAACUCCAAAGGACCUAUUGCCAAGAUGAAACUUACUGUGGGGACCUGUUUUGAGGCACGAUGUCUUCAACUCAUCCAUACCCAAACCCUGUUGAAGAAACAAGCCCCCAGCCCUUCUGAAGGUGACCUUCUGGUGUUGAGUUCUGCCUGGAGAGGAGACCUUGGACAGGAGGGUCUCACACAGGCAUUUGGUGUGGUGGAAAAGGUGACCAAACAGCCGAAUAUAGGUGGAAGUUAUGAUUACUGGAAGCUGACUGUUUGUAUCAAAGUCAAUGGAACUACCUUCCCUGUGACAGAGGGUCAGACUAUCACUAUCCAGCCAGUGACAUCAUUGGUGGCAUGUCAGCGCCAGUGGAGUGGUCUGACGUUCCUCCACCGCUCCCUGCUGGCCAGGGACAUCCUCCGUCCCAGGGGACCAUCAGUCUUCGCUGUCGACACAGAUCCUUCCCAGAGAGCACAUGUGGUUGGGAGGUACAACCCCAUGCAGAGGGCUGCCAUCGCUGGUGCAGCCCACUCGGCACUUCGGCCCUUCCCCCUGCCCAGGAUCUGUCUGCUACAGGGGCCGCCGGGAACAGGGAAGUCUCACACCAUCGUGGGACUGGUCAAGAAAAUCAUCCAGGCUGGCGAAACCCCCCCAGAUGGUAACCCCCCUACCCCACAGAACUCCAAGCCCCGUGUGCUGCUGUGUGCCCCCUCCAAUGCCGGCAUUGAUGAGCUGGUGCGGCGCAUGAUCCGAGAUGUUCAUGAAGGGGAGGAGGAGAAGGAAAACAAGAGGAGGUUUUAUAAAGGGAACUGUGGGGACCUGAACCUUGUCCGUCUGGGCCGCCCGGCCUCCAUCCACCCAGAUGCACAGGGCUUCAGCCUCGACAACAUCGUGGAAAAGCAACUCCAGUCAUUCACCAAAGAAGUAGAGAGCAGCAAGGAGAGGCACAUUGUGGUGCAGCUGACAGCCCUGGAUGUGAAGAUAGCAGACCUGGAGAGGGAGUGUGGCAUGCAGCGGCUGAUGGGGAACACACAGAAGCAGAGGGAGGUGGAGAGGAAGAGGGACGCACUGCAGGCACAGAGGGACAAACUGGACAAGACAAACAGACAGGUCCAGCUGAAGAAUGAGGAACGGCACAGGGAGGGAACCAAGAUCAGACAGCGGGUACUGAUGGACGCAGAUGUGGUCUGCUGCACCCUCAGUGCCAGUGGAUCCAACAUGCUGGAGCAGGCCAUUACUAAGGCGGGGGUGGCCAGGAGCAUCCACUUUACAUGUGUCAUCAUUGAUGAGGCUGGCCAAUGUAAUGAACUGGAUGCCCUGAUCCCAUUGCAGUAUGGGAUGUCCAAACUUAUCCUGGUAGGAGACCCUGAACAACUGCCAGCAACUGUGCUGUCCAAGAAAGCCCAGGACUUGAACUUCCGCCAGUCCCUGUUUGAGAGGCUGUACCGUGUCUUCAAACCUCGACCAGACAACCCAGUGUUGAUGUUGAACACCCAGUACAGGAUGCACCCAGCCAUCUGUGGCUUCCCUUCCUACAACUUCUACAGUGGAAAAUUGAGAACUGAUAAAGAUGUGGCUGAAGAUCGGCGCCGCUGCAGUUUUAAGCCAUAUGUCGUCUUCAACAUGCUGGAUGGACGAGAGCAGGAGAGCCGUAUGAAGGCCGGGGGGAUCUAUAACCACACAGAGGCAGUGAUGGUGGCACAGCUGGUAAUAGCCCUGAAGGAGAACCCUGCCAUAGACACACGCAACAUUGGAGUCAUCACACCCUACCAGAAACAGAAAUGGCUCAUAGAGACACAGCUCAUCAGGAGUGGUAACAAUCAGGUUGAGGUCGGCACUGUUGAUGGAUUUCAAGGUCGUGAGAAGGACAUUGUCAUCCUGUCGUGUGUACGGGCUUGCAGUAGCUCGGGAAGUAUCGGUUUCCUGUGUCAUCGGCAGCGGAUGAACGUGGCGCUAACCCGUGCCAAGUUCUGUCUCUACGUCGUCUGUCAUGAAGCCUCACUCAGGACUAACCUUGACUGGCACUCAUGCAUGGAAGAUGCUCGGAGACGGGAGGUUCUUGUAGAUGUGAAAGGCCUCGGCUCUGAGGAGGACUUCCACCAGUUGGGUCGAGCAGCCCGGCUCAACGUGAAGAAACUCUGUCCCAGGCCUGGCCCAUCUGCUAUCACUCAUGAGGAAAACAAGCAGGUGCAGGAAAGAAGGGGAGAAAAUGACACCAAGCUGAAGAAAGGCAAGACUGCUAAGGAAAAACCUGGCUCUCAACACACUGCAACUCUGAAGAAGAGUAUGCAAAGUAAAGGAGGUAAAGAACAAAGACAUGAAAGUGACAUUCCAGCACAUAGUAAGAAAGGCAAACACUAUGAGAAGAAAUCAUCCAGAGAUUGUCCAACAUCUUCAAAAGGCAAGACAACAAAUGCAGCAAAGGGCUCCUCACAGGAAGGUAGGAAGUAUGCAGCAGAGGCUGGCAGGAAAGUGUCAGCAAAGGCUAGAAAAGGAGAAGCAACCAAGAGCUCUUCUGUCAACAGUUCAUCAAAAGAGUCUAGUAAAGGACAUGAGAAAGCCAGCAAGAGUACUGGCCACAGGAAGAAUGUUGCUCACAACAAACACAAGACAAGUGAACGAACCUCCACAGUUACAACCAAACAUGGAACAACAGGAAGACACGAUGGGAAGAAGAGACUGCCAGCACAGGGGAAGAACAAAUUGAGCGGAUUCAAAAUACCAAAGGUGGUGGUCACUUCUACACAAGAGUCGGUUCAAAGCAAGUCAGUGAAAGAAACUCCUACAGCCACAUCUUCAGGGAAAGAAACUCCUGCUACAUCUUCUUUGGUGAAAGAAACUACCACUGCAGUGUCUACAAUAAAAGAAACUACUGCCACAACAUCAACAGCAAGUACAUCAAGGGGGCAAGUCUUUCCUCUUGAUUCUAUUCUUGGUCAAAUGUCUUCUGCCACCAAAGAGGAUGAUGUUGUUGCCAAUGGGUUUGGUUCAGGGGCAGGAAUCUCCAAUGAUGAUGUAUCGCUACGUAAUGGCUCCAAGGAGGAUUCACAUAGUGUUCACACAGCUGACAAGGCUAAUUCAGGUGCUGUAGAGAACAGACAGGCACUGAAGAGGAGAGGGGACAAAACUGAUGAUAAUCUCAGGCACUUCAAAAUCCCCAGAAGGAACAGCCAGGAUGUAGUCCAUGUUCCUGCAAAUACUUCUGAUGGGAGCAGACAGUCAAGUAGCCAAGCAAAGAUUGGCACAAACAAUAAUAAGCCCUGCCCUGUGGAUACUAGGGGCCAUACAGGGCAAAGCUCCAAAGUCAUGUCAGACUCACAACAAGGUGGUCACAGGGCUAGGGUUGGAUCGGUGGGAGGGCAGGAUACGGACCAAAGGGAAGUGAACCAUCUGCGAAGAGGGCAGCACGCCAAGCACACAAUACAGCAGGAAAACAGCUCUAACAUUCGAUCUACGAUUGUGUCCAGAACAGAUGCAUCUGGAAGGAUUGUCAGGACCAGGUGGGAAAAGUUAAAGUCAGUUUUGAAAUCACCCACCAGACGGACAUCUAAGAGACUGAAAGUAACCUUUGACUCCUCUAUUGUGAAUACCCCAUCUAACACCCGAGAGUUGACAAACUACUGUGGAAGUUAUGAGGCACGGAUGGCAGAAAUGAAAUCUCUUCCAAACACAACGAGAUCUGAUGUGGGCUCAUUUGUGCCAGAUGAAGCAGACAAUUUCAGGAACACACAAGCUUUCCAAAGAAGGGGAGCUCUGUCAGUUACUGUCAACACACAGUCAGGGGGCAGAGCUGCACAAUUAUCACACUCAGAGUCAGAACUACCAGAACUCUCUUCUACUCAGUCUCCACUGAAAGACCAGGACAGAUCAUUCAACCAUAGCUUGAGAGGCAAUCCAAGCCAGGAGGCUGCAGUUGGCAAUGUAAGGACAGGGGGCAGCUCUGCUAGGUCUGGCAACCAGACAAAACUGACAUCCAGCCAUCAGAUAGCCUCAGAUCCUAGUCCAAGAUCAGGGGCUCAGGGUAACAGGAUCAGGAUCAGCAACUUUGUACCCGCAGCGACAACUCGCAGGGAUUCAAAUGGCACUGUUACAUUCCAGAACCACAUGGCAUCGGCCAGUCACCAAAGGGAGAGAGGGGAGAACAAUAGUAGCUCAGGUACGAGGUCGAACUAUCCCAGUAUUAUCACAGGCCAAAUUGCGAGGAUCCCACACAGCAGUAGCACAUCAAACCCUGCCGUGUCAGGCAACUCCACACGGGACCCACGUCUUGCCCGAGUUCAUCGAGGCGCCAUGAUCCAACCCCCCUGAUCCUAAGUCUAGGUAACCAGAGGCUGUGGAAUGACAGGUCAUGCGUCUUCAUAAACCCAUAAGGCUGGACCAACCUCCUUGGCUGGAUGACAUACGCACCAUGUAUAUCAAGGAGAUGGGGAUGUGGCAAACCAACUGAAAAGGGUAGCUAAAAACUGCUGAAAAGUCUGAAUAUAUCCGGCAUCAUCCAUCUAGUAUUGAUGGAGUGGUGAAACCAUCUGGAGAGUACCUAGGGACAUGAAUUUUACUGUAAGUUAUAAUAUCCUAGUUGUUGAGCAAUAUUUGUUUUAUAUGAGCAACAAGUGGAACUCAUUUAAGGUUUCUCGGUUGGCUAAAUUGGCAUUUUGACCUUCCACUGUUUUCUUAUUAAUGAAUUAA